CAAUUCUUAAGAUCUCCAGUUGAUUGGAACUUGUUAAUUAUUGCCCAGCUUCCUCCAGGCAGUCAGUCAUCAUCUUGUUCUUCAUGCCGUAUCUUGUGUUUGGAGGAGUGCAGACACUCUACCUGCACUCCCUGUGGUCAUCUCUUCUGCUGGGAGUGCAUUACUGAGUGA